AUGCUUGCUUUGGAGAAGGUAGGGUCGCUAUUCACUGGUUGGAUGCGAUCAUGCUUGACCUGCGAGGAUAGCCAGCCCGCUCACACUGGUGUCGAGCGAGAAAUGAAGAUAUGUCACACUCAGCCUCAUCUAGUGCCGCCGAUGAAGCUGGUGGUCUAUGAUGAUCUCCCUAGCCCAAGCAUCCAUCGACAUCGCAACUCACUGUCAUCAUGGUUGAACGAAGGCCGAAACUUGGCCUCGCGAGCCUCUACUCGGGCGAGUCUGCCAAUGAAAAGGUCAUCAACUAUGCCUUUGAAAAUCAGUGCACCCUCAGACUUCCGCAGAGUACAAUCUUUCCAAUCGCCAACAGCUUAUGAGCAACACACGCUGCAGUCCCCUGCGACAAAGUAUGAGCCCCUUGACCUCCGGAUACAUCGAUCAGGUAAUCGAUUGUCGGACCUACCUUCUUUCGACUCCUUCCAGCUCAAUGAAAGCCCCCAGCGCAUGACGCUCCCGGCCCCACCACGAGCCCUAACUACCCCCACCAACGUUCGAGAUCGCCGCUGUCAAACAACGUACUCGGUUUCCCGCAAGCCAGUUGGUUCAGAGAACCGUCGCUCGCUUGGGAAAUCCCCGAUUAUCGAAAAGCCAGUCCGGAUCACCAGCAGCUUGGUGCCACAUUUCUCUACAGUCACUCCAGUGGAGAUUCCUGUUCAAGAAGCUCGGGCAGCAUCUUCAACCCAUCCAUCAAACACACGAGGCAUCAGAUUGAGCUUGACCACGCCAUUGCCCAGCCAAGUAGUCGAUACUCAGUCUUGGGGAGUACCCCAAACACCUCCCUCAACAAAGAGCCUACACACAGACUCUACGACCACCUCACCCUCAAAGUACUCCCCAACAUCCCAAGUCUCACCUUCGUCCGCUAGCACACGCACAAUGCCAACCAUGUCAUCUCUUGGCCGUCCCUCACUUCCAUCUUUCGACCGAAACACCUUCCCCCCAACCCCAUCCUCGGUUUCCAACCGCGUCACCCAAUGGAUCUUCCCCAAUGACAAAUCCAAGAUUUCUCCCCCAGAAGACAACUUCAACUGGGAACGAUCCCGCACUCUCAGUGGCACAACCGCCGCAUCAGCUACAACCGUCACCGGCCCAAGAACCCGAAACAACAGCUCCAUCUCAAGCGUCUUCUCCAGCGCCAUCACUCCACGCACAUCAUUCUCAUUCCACCCUUCGUCCCCAGAGAAGGACCUUGACCCCGGUCCCGGUCUCUGCCAACCAACCAUCUUCGAAGGCGAACAACAAAACCAUCCUCUCUAUGGAUACGAGGGUAACGAGACAACACGCUUCCGCGAAUCCGGUAUCGGAUUGGCCUUUUGA